AUGGCGGAGCAUUCAAAGCUGAAGGCCUUGCGGACGAUCGUCGAGGCGGAGUUGGAGGACAAGGGCGUGCAGGAGGACAACUUCUACAACGACCUGCAGUCCUCGGGGGUGAUGCUGGAGUCGAUCAUGCACUUCCUGCUGAAGAUCGUGCAGACCGAGCUGAUCGUGCUCCUGCAGAUCAUCGACUUCUGGUACACCAAGAACGUGAGUGGCCGCAGGAUGGUCGGGCUGCGCUGGUGGAUCAAUUUCGAUGAGGAGGGCGAGGAGGAGUGGAAGUUCGAGUGCAGGGUCAACGAGGAUAUGGUCAACCCCGUCGCCUCCAAGAUCUUCUGGUUCACCAUGUAUGGCACGGAGGUCGCCUGGCUCAUCCUGCUGUUCUUCAACGUCUUUAAGCUGUCGAUCUCGAACGUGACGGUCUGCGCGAUGGGGGCAGUGGUGGUGGGCGUGAACCUGUACGCGUUCCAUAAGUGCUCGAACGCCCAGAAGAAGCGGGUGGGGGAGCUGGCCAACCGGCUGGGGGCGGACGUCACGAAGCAGCUGUUCAACGGGUCGAUCGUCAGCGCGAUGUGA